GGUGCCAUUCCCAAUCCAAAAUAAUCGGACACCUUGGCAAGAUGUGGUUGAUCAGAUAGUCUAUGGCCGUUAUUUUUUUUACGCAGAUAUGUACGAGGGAUGCAAGCGAGGUUAUUGGACAACGACGUGAAAAGGAGACGAUUGUAAAAGCCAAGGUUGUUUGAUAAUCAACGAGACGGGCACGUUGCCAAACGCCUGGUGCAGUCGACAUCAAUGAAACGAUGUGAAUAAGGGAAUCGCUCCUCGACCAGAGUGGCGAUUAAGUUAACCCGUGUCGAAAGAAAACACCGCUCCAAGCAAGUCGAUGCACUGAAAGCGAAUGUUGCAGGACUCCUUAAAAAAAUAUCGUGAGCAGAAUGUAAAGGACAACAACAUCUGCAUCCUGAUCCGUGUGAGACGAGCUUGGAUGAGGACAGUCGGACCCGGGAUGUCUACUGGGAUAAAACGCUGCGCACUCCGUGAUCCCCAUCACCGUAACGCAUGAGCCGACGGUGCAGAAUGUACACACUCGUUGUGUUUUAGGGUCAUUUUGUUUGAGUGUAACAUCACCCCAUUGACACAGUGAAGAGGAUGCUUCUGGCCCUUUAUGCGAUUGCCAUGUCUUCAGCGUUUUUCAAUCCCAGUUUUGCCUUCAGUUCCCACUUUGAUACAGAUGGCACUCCCCUGAGCGAGCUGUCCUGGCCGUCAUCGCUGGCUGUCGUGGCCGUCUCCUUCUCGGGCCUCUUCACCUUUGUCUUCCUCAUGCUGGCGUGCCUCUGCUGCAAGAAGGGUGACAUCGGCUUCAAGGAGUUUGACAACACCGAGGGCGAGGAGUACCAGGGCGAGAGGUCCACCCUGGCCUCUCCGUCCUCCCAGCACGGCCCAGAGGUCUACAUCCUGCCCCUCACAGAGGUCUCCCUGCCCGUGUCCAAACAGCCCGGCCGAUCCAUCCAGCUGCUGAAGUCCUCGGACGUCGGGCGCCAUAGCCUUCUGUACUUAAAGGAGAUUGGCCAUGGCUGGUUCGGCAAGGUUCUGCUGGGGGAGGUGACGGAGGGCCUCAGCACCACCCAGGUGGUGGUGAAGGAACUCACCGCCAGCGCCAGUGUCCAUGAGCAAAUGCAAUUUGUGGAGGAGAUCCAGCCAUAUCGGACCCUCCAGCACCCCGCUCUGCUGCAAUGCCUGGCCCAGUGUUCUGAGGUCACUCCCUACCUGCUGGUCAUGGAGUUCUGCCCCCUGGGGGAUUUGAAGAGCUACCUGCGGUGCUGUCAAGGAGCAGAAACGGAAGCCCCAGAUGCCUUCAUCCUCCAGCGGAUGGCGUGCGAGAUCGCCUCGGGCUUGCUGUACCUCCACAAACACAACUUUAUUCACAGUGACUUGGCACUACGGAGCUGCCUGCUAACUUCAGACAUGAACGUUAAAAUAGGAGACUACGGCCUUUCGCGCAGCCAAUACAAGGAGGACUACUUUGUGACCCCGGACCAGAUUUGGGUUCCCCUGCGCUGGAUUGCCCCAGAGCUGAUAGAUGAGGUCCAUGGAAACCUUCUGGUAGUGGACCAGACCAAGACCAGUAACGUGUGGUCGUUUGGUGUCACUAUGUGGGAGCUGUUUGAGCUGGGGAACCAGCCUUACCAGCACUAUUCAGACAGACAAGUGCUGACAUACGCAGUGAAGGAACAGCUUCUCAAGCUCCCCAAACCACAGCUGGACGCCCCGCUGUCUCAACGCUGGUACGAGGUCAUGCAGUUCUGUUGGCUCCAGCCUGAGCUGAGGCCUAGCACCGAAGAGAUCCACCUGCUGGUCACCUACCUGUGCGCCAAAGGCUCCUGCGAGGCCGAGGAGGACUUCGAACAGAGAUGGAACACAUUGAAGCCCAACCUGUUUGGCAGCAGCACCCACACCAUCAUAUCCUCCCUGGCCCUGACCCCGGACCCUGCCCCGAGCCCGGACCCCGCCGCAGCAGCAGCAGCCGCACCGGCUCCGGAGGUGGAGCUGGCCUCCUCAGCCUCCUCCUCCUUCCCCCUCCUGGAGCAGUUCUCCGACGGCUUCCACUCGGACAGCGGCGACGACCUGCUGACGGUCACGGAGAGCGUCCACGGCCUCAACUUUGAGUACAAGUGGGAGCAGGCGCGGGCCGAGCAGCCGUACUGCUCGUCGUCCACCAGCGGCCCCCUGGGCCAGGGCAACCCCCACUACCAGGACGUCUACUACCCGGUCAAAGGAGGCGCGUCGGCAGGGGGCUGCAGGUCCGACAGCCAGGCGUCGGGCGUGUCCCCGUCCUACUACGAGUCGGACCACCCGGGGGUGGUCCCGGUGCUGAGCGCCCACAGCCCCUCGGUGGGUAGCGAGUACUACAUCCGGAUCGAGGAGCCGGUGGAGUGCAACAUCGACCUGGACGACGGCGUGGAGGACUACAGCCCGAGGCGGGAGGCCGGGGACGGGCGGCUGUCCUCGCAGAGCUGGACGGGCUCGUCCGUCCGGCAGACAGACGCCUACUGGGCCGCCGCCGACAACGACCGGUCCGCCUACGACUCGGACGAGAGCCUCAGCGUCUCCCUGACCAUGGAGCCGUUGAUGAGGCGGGCCUCCAGCACAAGUCCCGUUCCUCCGGAAGAUCCCCACACCCAGGGGGCCCGCCCCUCGGAGAGUCAGAAAGCCAGCGUUCACAGCGAGCACAUGCCCACGGUCAGAGUAGGGGGUAAGGCCUUCCCGUCCGAAGAGCAUCCGUCGUCAGAGCUGCAGCAGAACCUCCUGCCGCUCCUGGGGCGAACAGAGAACUCCAGGAGUGUCUCUCGAGCCAUCAGCAGCCCCAGUUUGGGAUUCUGUGAUCCGUAUUUAGAAACUAGCACAGAGAACAGUACGCUCAGCGACAGCUACUGUGAUGUGAUUGGUCCCCUCAGGAAGGCGGUGCCCAUUGCUAAUCAUAUCAUCGAGGUGGAGACAGGGGACGGCCUACAGGUGGGCCAGCGGAGGAGUGUGCUCACGAAUGACAUGGAUGGCGACCUCUUCUCGGAGGCAGACACCACUAACUGGACCUCCAACCACUCGGCUAAUAACAACAGCCUCAGCUUUGGCAGCAGGCACACAGCCAACGUGCAGGGGAGCUAUUUGGACCUUCAGUACACCACAUCGUACGAUAACACAACAGAAUUGUGGCCUGAAACCAUAGUGAGCAAUAGCACAGUGGACAACUAUAAGCCAUUUAGCUACGUAGAGAACACAGGAAGAGAAACUAGCUCUGUGUCCAAAAGUAUAGAGUUGGGACCAUAUAUCUACCUGGGUCACAAUGAAAAAGAUACAAGUGACUCUCAAAAUAAAACCAACUCAAUUAAAGAUAACCUAAACAACAGUGACACCAGUAACAAGCCAUUAUUUCACUGUGUCGAUAGAUUGUACUCUGAGCCUAUGAGAAUGCUUGACGCAAGCUGCAUCAACUCUCCGGUCUCUUAUAUAGAGCCUUACAAAGGCCACAUAGAAGCACUGACUGAUGGGCAGAAUGUGUCUCUCUGGGACAUGUCACCCUUUAUGCAAGGCAUGCAGGUUCAGAUCCAGGGCACACGCGAGGUUUCUGAAUCUGACCGAGGGUUAGACAGUGGAGUGGGACUCAGGGGAUCAAGCAUGGGCCUCGUGGGGCUGGGUGACUUCAGCGAGGACGAAGACGACGACAUAACAGACAUCACAUCAGGGAUUUUUGCUGACUUCAACCUGGACUAUGCUGAGGUCGAGGAGGAAGAAAUCAGUCCGGUGAAGCAUCUCGCAGGAACCGCCAAAACCGUUGACGCUCUCCAGCUGUCGCCCUCUGCAGCUAGUCCUUGUGACCAGGCCUUCAGCCCCGAUGCCUUCAACACCCCGAUGCUCCCCAAGUCCCUUGACAGCGGCUACGACACAGAGAACAACGAGUCUCCAGAGUUCUUCUUCCACGAGCUGACGGAUCCUCGUGAAUCUAGCCCCGAGCUGAGCCAGAAACCAGAACUCAUUCUGCAGAUGGACCCAGGUCAGGGCGUCUGCUCAGUAUCUGGCAGCACCCAUGUCCAGCUAAAAGGACUGGCUGGAAAGAACCCAUACAGGGACUCAGCCUAUCUUUCUGAUUACGAUGCAGAGAAUGAGAGGAGUCCCCGAGAAGAGGGCAGCAACUUCUUUGCGGGUCCAGGUGACCGCAAAGGCAACGCUGGGAAAGUCCUGAGACCUGCUGCUGACGUCGACCUGAUCAAGCCAUUUACUCACACUGAAGAGCAACUGACCAACACGAGACAGAACAUAAGCAGUGCUGCGGUUCAACUCUCGCAAACCUCGCCCGACCCAGAAUGCCACUCCCCUAAUCCUGGUCUCUCCAUGCUGUCACCGUUUCCCCCCGAGAUGGGGGGCUGUUUGACCAAGGAGUCUGGACCAGCCGAGGAGGACCUAGGGCUGAACACUCAGCACUCAGAGGACGAGCCGUCCUCGGACUACACUUCGUCCAAUAACAGCGAUCCUUUGGCCACGAUCCCCGGGGGAGCCUCGACCAAUCACGCACGCGGAAACAGAGGAUCAGAGAACUAUUCUCCCGUGACGUCUGUGAACUCGGACUCCACCCUCUCCGACCUCAAAGACGACGGCUCCAAGGACACGGAGCUCAGCGAGGACUCCGCCGGAGACGAGGAAAUCCCGAAGUUCAACCUCGGGUCUGCGGAAGCCGAGGAGGCCAAGAAGGCGGUCAACAUAGAAGAGGACUUCGAAGACAUCGACGCCGGGGAGUGCGACUCGCAGGACGGCACGUGUGCGGAGUCCUGUCGUCCGCCCAGUAAACUCUCAUCCUCCUCGUCGUUCCUGGAGCUCUGUGGGGAGAACAUGAGGGCUCCCCUGGAGGAAGAGGAGGACGACUCGGACGACAGCGAGUCCGACGAGGAGCUGAGGACCUACAACAUCCAGGAGGAGGAGAGCGAGGAGAGCGAGGAUGACUUCACGCCGGUGCCGGUGGUGGUGAGCGACUGUAGCAGCGCCAGUCAUCUGCGUAGCCUCCUGAAGAUGCCCACGCUGCUCAGCCAGUCCUUCUGCGAUGAGCUGGAGCAGAAGAAGAAGGCCGUGUCCUUCUUCGACGACGUCACCGUAUUCCUCUUCGACCAGGAAAGCCCAACGGCAGAGCUGUCAGACUUCAGCUUCUCCACAGCAGAAGAGGCAUGUGGGCAAGAUUCUGGGCCAGGGGAAAUCUCAAACCACUCUGAAGCCACGCCUCGGCCUUCUGAGGAAACCUGUGAUCCUGGUGAUGCAACAUGUGUUCCUGGUGAUUUAACAUGUGAUCCUGGUGAUGCACAGGGGAACGGCAACGCCGAAGAAGGUGGAAUUUGGAACUGUGAAGAUGCCCUCCCGUUGGAGGCCGACCCUUCCUUAUCGGACACUCACUCGGAGACCGACACCACGUCCACCUCUCUCUCCGACGGUCCGGAGCCACCGAGACCUCUCGCUGUAGCCACGCCCCUCAACCGCUUCUGCGUGUCCCGGUUCUCCAUCACGCACGUUUCUGACCCCUACGUCAGCUCACCAGCAGGGCAAGAUGGAGACCAGCAGUGAAGCCAUCACAUGAGCGGGUGUGUGGAAGGUCCAAUCCCAAGUUCCCCAGAUUGCGGCAACACAGUAGUAUACCUAGGGGGUCCUACGUAUUUGGAAUCUGCAGGGGUUGGGUUCAUGAGACACUGCUGAUGCCGACGGUGAAUUCAGUUUCAUUUCAAAGAAAGUCAAAGAGCUGCAGUUUGAAUGUUUAAUAACGACGGCCAGGAUUUUAUAAGGAAAGCAGCAAUCUCCCUUCUGUGCGUCACGAUAGCAAAAGAGUAGACAUAAAUGUUCAAAUAUAAUAUAUAAUUUAUUUUCUCAUUGAUGCAAUGCAGCCUCAAUGUCCAUUAGCAACUUAACAGGGCAUAGUUUUAUGAGAUAAAGAAAAAGAAAAAUGAAUGCUUCCAUUGCUGCUCUUCUCAUUGGCUGCCUUGGUUCUGCCAAACUCAUUUGAUUGGACAGUCACAGCUCUCGUUGCUGUAGCUAAAUCCACAAAGCAUGAUGAAAAAAGGGAUGCUGCUAUCGCUAAUUGCCUAACAACAAGACUCCUUUCUAUUUUAAUCAGGGGCAAGGGGGUGGGGUUUCGGUAGGUUGGUUUGUUGAAAUGAAUGGUGGCCUUCAAAACCUCUGUAGAAGUGUCAUCUAACUUACUAUACAGUGUUUCUCAUUUAACCACAGAGGGUGAAGGGGUGGCGUUCAUGAGACGGUGCUCUAGGCUUAGUGUGUUGCAGUAAAGACCCACACCACAAAACGUGGUCUUGUCCUUCCGACUCCCCUGGUAAGCCCCGAAAGGUCACUCCUAUUGGCUGGUCUCCACAAACGUGUGAUCCACCAAAAACCCGGACAAUGUUGAUGACGUUCAUCUACCCCAGUGUGACAUGAUGACACUAUGAUCCAACCUCGUGUCCACAGUGUAAGCUAUACAGACUCACAUCACCUCUACGUAGACGUUGUGUGGUCGCUCCUCCCAUAGCAUUGUAUUCAACAGUGAAGAUAUCCAAAUGUGUUACGAGAACAUAGCGUGAGCAACACGAUAUGCAUUUUUUUUUUUUUUUUACCUAGCGCCUCACCCAUGCUUCUUGUGUAGAAUCCAAACCACAUUCAGGUGCGUCUUGUUGAAUCCGCCAUCAACCGUGAAUGUCCGCCAUCUCUAUGUAACCACUCGUCUCCAUCCGAGUAUUUCCAUUGGUCCAAGGCCGGAUCCAUCCUAGUUUCGGUUAUACCAACGUAAAUACCUGGGUUUGAAUUUCAAAGACUCGAAGAGAGAAAAUAUAAGUGUAAUACAGAUGACAUACCGUUCACAUAUUUUAUGUAAGUGUUAUCAAAGUGUUAUCAGGCUUGACUUGAAUUUACUACUGCUGUAUCGAGAUCCUCCUUCCCCUCCCCACUCAAAGUGCCAAUCCAGUUUCCUCUCGGUCCGCCCUUCACAUUCUCCCAAGUCGAGAAUGGAUAUUUUUCUAUGAAAAAUGUAAAAGAAUAAAAUUUCAAAAAUACAAUCCAAACAGUGGAUGACAAGUCUUGAAUAAGCCCAAUAGAUGCUAUUGAGCCCAUUGGGCGUGGGCAAAGGAAACGUGUGUGUCUGAGAAGGAGAGGCUGGUGGCUCCCUGCACCAGUAGUAACAUCAUACCCUAGCCGUGUUCCCAUUCCUCCCUCACGCAUCGUGGCUCUCGCACCACCACCACCACCCCCCCACCCCCACCCCCACAACAAAUAAAUCACAACACAUGUUGGUUUUCUUUCUUUGUGUCCGAGUCGCUCAGGUGUUUGACUGGGAAAUUAUGUGUGCAUAAUCUAAAAAGGUACACACGGACAAAGAGAACAACACAGGUGACACAACUAUGAAUGCUGUACGCAAUGAAGUUUUUAUUUGACACAAUAACUCCACGUACCGCACGCCCUGUACAACACAAAUAUACAGAACAAGAAAGAACAAAAAGUGAGAAAAAGACAAACAUUAGAAAACGGUUUGAAAACCAAAGCAAUUGGACAUUUCUGAGAACGUGAUUGCAACGCGCGAACAAUCGUCUCCCCAUACAGUUGCCAGUAUGCAAGUUGUUUAAAAUAUACAUUGUCUUGAUUGUUACUGAUGAUUAUUUGCACUUGAAGCAAUAAGUCAGCUCACAGUAAAACAAUGUGAUCAUAUUAUAAGACAAUAUUAUGAUAGUUGAAUCAUAUGAAUCAAUAAGAUACCACUCUAAUUAAAGCUGAAAAUGAUACUCCAAAAUGACCCAUUAUUUACAUGGAUUUUUGACUGGCCAAUAUUUGGCUGCUUUGAAUUAACAUAAAAGACAAUUCAUUAUAUUCUUAUAUCGGCAAAAGUGAUGCUGCCUUUUUUUCACAGCAACUAACCUUGCAGUCACGCACUUUAGAUUAUUAAAGAUCACCAGAAGACAAAACAAAACGGCAAAGUAACAGCAUAAACCAAAUAAAGUAUAUAAGCAGAGUUGUGAUGCGUAAUCAUUUUCAUAUAACAGUGCGUAGAAUAUUGAUUAUAUCAAGGCUGUAACCCCUUUAAAAAAAUGAAGGCACAGUCCCCAAAUUAAACGGUAUAGUUUAAUGGUAUACUGUAUAGUUACUAUAACAUGAUGUGUUCUGAGCUAGAAACUAGCGUUUAAAAAAAAAAACAGGAUCUAACUGUAGCCAUUGCACACUUUCAAUGCACCUUUCAAAAAACACAUUUACCCAGUACUGUAUCUUUUCGCAGCCUAACGCUAAUUUCAGACGACCUGCUCUUCAAGCAACUGACGGACACCUUGUUCAGAGAGCACCAUCACUGCCUAAAUCUUA